AACCGUGUGUGCUGUGUGUGUGCUGUGGGAGCUCAGGGCUCUUCUUCUACCUUGGAGCAGGGGAGAGGGAGAGGGGAGGAGAGCAGGUGCUGCUCACCUCGGUGCAGGGUCUCUGUGCCAACAUGAACUGAUCUUAAACAUUGAAGAGAGGAUGUGCGCCGUAUGAAGGCAUCUCCAUUGACUGUCGAGGAGAAAGAAUGUAUCAAGGAGGGGUUGAGGAUAUUCAAAAACGACUGGAAAUCAGUUUGGAAGUUUGUAGUGCCACAUAGAGACCCUUCACUGCUCCAACGUCAGUGGAGAGUUGCAAGUGGAGUCCAGAAAUCUUACAGUAAAAGUGAUGCUGAAAAAGAAAGAAGGCGAACAUAUGAAGCAAAGAGGAGAAAGCUGAGAGUAUCCAUGCCCAAUUCACGCCGUGGGCAAGAGGCUGAUAACAAUGCUUCUGAAGAUGCUGAAAAUGAUGAUGAUUCAUAUGUCAAUGAAGCAUUUUUGGAAGACACAGAUAGUAUGCCUUGUCAGCAAUCAGGCACAGACCUCGAUGAAGAAUGUGGUACUGCAGGUGGUUACAUUGAACCCCAGAAACUAAGUGGUGCGAAACUUGAUGUAACCACCUCAUACAUACCUUUUAUGUACCGCCCCUCUGAUGGCCCAUCAUAUGUGAGAGCACCUUCCACUGCAGCUCAGGUGGUAUCAUGUGGAUCUCUGGACCAACUGCCAGCUUCCCAAUUGAGUAAACAGAAAGGUAGUUGUGUGGUCAAGUUGGCUCCAGACUUGCCUCCUGUGAACCUUCCCCCUUCUGUCCGUGUCCUAUCUCAGGUGGAAUUUUAUCGGAACUCAACACACUUUCAUGGCACCUCGGAUAAUGCAGCAAAGGAUAUGUAUCCCGUGCCACCUUUGACCUCCUUUACAGAAAGUGCUGAUAGACAGCUAAAUCUGUUCCCUGAUCACAGAGCUAAUUCUAGAUUGCAGCAGAAUGGGAUCUCUAGUGAUAAUGCUACAGAAGAUGGUGCUGAGCAAGAUUUGCAGAUGCAUCCUUUACUGUUUAAGUAUCCUCGAGAUGUUUCGUCAUAUAGUCACCCGGUUCAAAAUCUUAUUAAUCAGUCAAGAAAAUAUGAUCUUUUCCCCUUUGAGAAAGUUCAAGUUGAGAGAAGUAACAACCAGACUACAGGUUCCACCGAAAAUGGUACUGUAAAUGCUAACACCAUCGACUUCCAUCCUCUCUUGCAAAGAACGGAAGGUUAUGUGCAUAAUGAAGUACCAGAAUAUGAUAAUAACCUUGACUGCCAUCAGUCUGAUAAUAACAUGAGCGAAAUCCCAGUAGAUGACCAAUCAACAGCUGGGCAAGCAUCCACAAGCCCUUAUGAGAGGGAGACAAGUAUUGACUUGAACAUUCAUUUGUGUUCUCCAAUGGCCAUAAAUGAUUCAAAUGACUUCAGAAGUAGUUUUAGCAGAUCAAAUGUUCAAGAUGAAGUUUCUAGGAAGGACAAAUCUAGUGUUCCAGAGCUUGAGGUUGUAAAUUCCUAUUCCCAUCAUUGCAUUCAAGAACCUAAUGAAGAAUCAAUGCAAGGAAUUGUAAUGGAGCAAGAAGAGUUAAGUGAUUCCGAGGAAGAUAGCCAGCAUGUUGAGUUUGAAUGUGAAGAAAUGGAUGAUUCUGAAGAGGAGCAAGUUCAGAGUCCAGAAGCCUCUCCAAUUCAAAAUAAGGGUAUCUCAGCAUCAGUUGUUUGUGGGGAAGUUCAUGUUAGUAAUGACCACAGUCAAAUCCAGCAAGGAUCUGUUCAAAAGGAUAAACAGGGUGCAAGCUCAAUGCAGAAAACUCAAGUUCCUUCUCGGUCAGUGAGGAGUAAGCUGAAGCCGGAAACUGCUAACUGCACAGGAUCUAGGGCGAGCCAACAUUCGUCCACUUCUCACACAGCUGAAACUAGCCGGAGCAAAACCAGAAAUUCUAAAGUGCCACAGGGACAGUCAAGUGCUGAACGCAAGCCCAAUGAUUCAAGAACUAGAAAAACUCUGGCCCCAAGAUGAAGGCCAAUUUAGCAUUUUAUUCCUGUGCUGCAUGUGGCAAAGGCAGAAUGGCUCAGUUCAAUCUGUUGUCACUCUGUUGCUGAGUUGAUUAUCCUCAACAAACUAUGCAGUGCAUGCUGGAGAAAGCAGACCUAGCGAACCUCUGUGGUCAUUUAGCUUGAAUUGUCAUGUGAAAAAAGCAGCAAGAGGAGCAUACCAAAUAUAUGGAUUCUCCAUUUGGAUAACAAGACUUAAGUGGUGAUCUUGGCCCAGUAUCUGGAUGUUUACAAAUCAUCAAAUUGUUGGUGACUGAGAAAGUAUACCCAUGGAAUAAGGUUCUGAACAGCCAUGAGACGAAUUCCUCUGACUGACUUGGGAGUUUUGUACCCUGACGUCCUCAAAGAUUAAUUGUAAUGCACCUUGUAAUUUCAACCAAAAAGGUUAAGUUGUUGUAUCUGCGUUCAUUGUGUGUACUGUGAAUAGAGAAAUGUAUCCAGGCAAGAUACCUGGAAAUCUUUUUGUAUUGACCGUUGACAAAGAGUCCAGUGGACUGUAACAGCUUGAAAUUCCUCGAGGGAAUUAGGCACAUAUAUGGAAUUAGGCACAUAUAUUUUUAGGUA